AUGAGUGAUACUCCUAUUAUACCAGAUAUAAGCCAUCAAGAGCCAGAUGACGAUGAUGUCAAUGAUGAAAACAAUGGCAAAAAUCAAAUAAAACCAACUGAAACUCGCCGAAAUCUCCUUAGUACUUUAUCAUCAAGAAAUACAAAAUCCGUAACACGUUCUCCAUCGCCAUCUCCUCAUUCUCCAUCGCCAGGGCCACCUGAUCGUGCGUUGAAUCAAAAAUUUCACAUAGCUGCUCUAACAGGAAAUCUAACUGUUUUACAAGAACUCGUCACUAAAGCACAUUUACCUAUCGAUUGUCGUGAUAAAGAAAAUUCAACAGCAUUAUUACUGGCAUGUGCACGUGGUCACUUUUUAUGUGCUGAAUAUCUUUUAAGUAACAGUGCUGAUCCCAAUGCUCGACGUAUAACAGGUGCUUCUCCACUUUAUUUUGCUGCAUCGUAUCAUCAUACACGUAUCGUUGAACUUCUUCUAAAUAAAUAUAAAGCUAUUGUUGAUUUGUCUACAUUCGAUGGUUCAACACCAUUACAUGUUGCAUGCGAACGUGGUUUUGCUGAUAUUGUUAAAUUAUUAAUUGAGUCACAAGCAAAUUUAAAUGCGAAAAUGAAUGAUGGUACAACAGGUAUAAUGCUUGCAUGUCAAAAUGGACAAUUAUCUAUUGUACAAAUGCUUAUAUCGGCUGGUCAGUGCAAUUUAACCAUGAAACGUUUAGAUGGUAUAACGCCCAUAUUUCUUGUUGUUCAACAUGGACACGAAACUAUAUUUGAUUAUAUUAUUGAAAAUGUUGAGAACAUUAAAGAAACAAUUGAUUUAGCUCGUGAAGACGGUGCAACACCCUUGUUUAAAGCAUGUCAAAAAGGAUACGAAUCAUUGGUUAAUAAAUUGCUCAAAUUCAAACCAAACCUUGAAUUACUUAAAAAUGGAGAAUCAUGUUUACAUGCUGCAACUAUGUUUAAUCAUGCGUCGAUUGUCCGUAUGCUUCUUGAAAAUGGCGCCAAUCCAUUGCUAAAUAAUUGGGAAGGUAUGACAGCUGUCGAUCUAGCUAAAGAAGCUCAAAUACAAGAUAUACUUGAUUUAUUAAUGAAAGCACUGGCACCCAAAUUAAGUGAACAUGCUCGACAAUAUUUAUUACAUAAAAGUACAAGACGAAGUGAUGCUGAUUUUGACCUGAAUAUUAUUGAACAUGAAGAAAAAGACGAAUGGAAAUUAUAUAAAAGUUUAAAAUCAGCUGCUGAACUCGAACGAUUAGAAGAAGUUAUUGAACAAACACCAAUUAUUCCCGAUCUACCAAAUGCAAAAGGAAAACAAACUGGAAAUAGUCGACAAAAAACAAGUAGUCGACCACAUCGAUAUCAUGCAACAGCACAAAAAUGA